ACACCCUUCAAGUUUUUUUGAUUUUUACGAUAGAAAGAAGCAUCGAAAAUUUUCAGGGAACACAUAUUCUUGAUCGCCGUAAAAUUCUCUAUCGAAUGGUGUCUGAAACAUCGAAAAAAAAAUUUUUGCUCGAAUUUUGCUUUGCGUGCACCUUAAAAACGUUUAGGAAUUUUCUUCAUUAGAAGGAAAAAGGAUGAAAUGGACAGAAAUUACAAAAUUGUAUAUCUGAAGGGGUCUUUUUUAUUUUUGUAACAAAAUUUCUCUGUGUUUACGGCACUUAAUAACCAAUCUUACUUUCGUUGUUCAACAGGUCAGCCGUUUGUUAUACGUUUAAAUGACAAUAUUCCCAUGAGAUUUUUUCUUUAAAUAGCGGCUCUUCACUACAUUCAUUAGACUACGCGUAUAUCCAAGAAGAAAGUUUUCAUAUUUCUGCACGCCAGGGCAACGCUAAUAAGCGGUUUUUGCUAGUUCUAUAAUCAAAUGGUUUACAGGCAUGUUUACAGUAUAUAUAUAUAAAUAUAUAUUUUUUUUUUUUCUAGGCUUCAUCCGAAAAUCCUGACAUAUGCUUUGUAAAAUUGCAAUGGCUUCAAGAAUGUCAUAAUAAAGAAAAAUUUGUUCCAUGCCAGCCGUAUCUUAUUGUUCCAUAAACAAAUUCUCUUUGACAUUUGCUAUUUUAUUACUCUAACUCAGAAGUUUUUCUAUUUUGUAUAUUGAUGUAAAUGUUUAUUUUUUUUGUCGAUCAAUUUAGUUUUCUAUAGUUAUUUUGUACGGAGUGAUUAUAUACCCCGGUUAUUGUAUUAUCGUACAUAAUAUUUUUUUAUUUCUCAUUAUUGAGUAUUGUUGUAUCAACUAUGAAAAAUCUCAUUUUGUCGGAAACUCAUUUUAGACGUGUUUCAUACGCAACAGAGUUGGCUCUAGAGAACUAUCUCAAGAAUAAUUCUGUCUGGAAUAUUUAAUAUCGUUUUAAUAUUCCAUUUUAGAUAAUAUUGUAUUCAUUUCUUCUCUCCUAGAUAAGCACACAAAUUCAAACGUCACAACUUAAUAAGGUAACAAAGAUCACACCGUUUCAUGUAAUGAUUAGGAUGUGAUUUUUUCCUGUUCUGUUUUAGGUUAAUUAAGUAGAAGACGAUUAAAGUGUAAAAAAUGGAUACACAAGUGGAAUCUGUAAUGAGUGAUAAUAGUAUGUUUACAGGUAAAUAGAAUAUUUAGUUCAUUCAAUUUUUUACAGGACGCAGUAAAUAGUGUCACAUAGAUAUGGAAAUUGAGAGAUAACUGCAGGAUAUUUGAGAUUGCAAUUGUUAUUUAAACCUUAGAAAAGACUCGAUGCUAACUGUGAAACGACCUGAAAGAUUCGCUGAAAAAGUUAGUGAACCACGAAGCAUAUCUAUAUAAGAAAAACUGUUAUUGAAGUAAAACUUUGUUAAUGACAAUUAAUCAAUUUAUAUAUAAUAAUUAAAAAUGUUUUUCUUUUUUUCUUUUUUCUUUGUGUUGCAGAGAAUCGGAAUAAAUGAGAAAAAACACUACGUAUAAACGUCACACGCACCUACCAUUCAAAAUUUGAUACUUUUAAAUAUAAAUAUAAAUCGUAAAUGGGACAAAGAGAGAGAAAAACAUUUGUCUAUUAUAUUUUUCAAUUUUAUUUGUCUUAUUUUAGGUAUAAAAGUGCUGCAGCACAAGAGUCCGACACACAUCUACCUCUCUCUUUGUUCCCAAAAGUAUCUGACAUUUUAACGUUCUUCUUUUUUGUUUCUUCAUUUAAGGGGAACUUUAGUGUUGAAAAUAAAACCUGGCUUUAUGAAAGACGCCACAAUGCGUUCGACAAAUGAAUAAAGUUAAAAAGAGUCAUUUAUAAGCUCUUACUAAUCGUAUCUGUCGCUGUCUUCAUUGAACUAAAACAUUUUAUAUGUCUAGUACUGAAGUAUUCUUUUUAAUUAUGUUCACAAGACUAUAAGUAAUGAAUCAGAAAUUCAGUGAUGCUAUUCCAAGGAGCAUUAAAAAAUAAUUAAACCUUCUACCUUUUCAAAAGAAAAGUAUAGUUUACUUUAAGGUACCAGAUGGAAAAUUUUCGAUCGAAAAACUACAUUACAAUUUCAUUAAUUUUAUCUUGGGAAAAAUUUCUUGAAAUAGGUUUAAGAAAAACGAAGUCGAAGUUUUAAAAUUGCUCCUACUACCGUAUAUUACCAAUUUGAAAAUCAUUUGUUUAUUCUCAUUUACUUGUCUUUUAGUUAUGAAAAUUCUGCUUUCCGUUCCGGACAAACAUCAGUGGAAUUAUUCUGUUUUUCUCUUUUUGUCGUGUGUCCGUUUGAUUUCUUUUUAUUGUUAUCCUUUUUUAAGCAACUGUUCAUGAUAUACAAUCAACUAUGUUUCGUAUGAAAAACAUAAGUUGAGAAAAUCGUUUUCCAAGAUUGGCCAUAAAGUUAAACAAAAAUAUGUCUUCAUUUUAUAGUUAUCAUGUCUAUAAAAGUCAUUUUGAGGCAACGAUUUAUUAUCUUUUUUGUCUAUUUCAGACUUAUCUGUUGAUGAUGGUCGGAAGCAGCUACUUGCUCAACAACCAGAAGCAACAUCUAUUGUCAAAAAAUAUUCAAUUCAUGAUGUACCACGUUUGCCACAUGAAUUAACACCUUUUCGUCCGCAUUCGCCUGCUUACGAAUUGGAACAACGUGGACCAUUAUACUCAGGUCCAGGGCAUAAGAGAGAUACAGGUAAAUAUAAAAUACGUUCAGUUGAUGGUGAAAAUAUUAAAGGAGCAAAAAAAUUUGCCAUGGAGCAAAGCGUUAAAUAUGUACUCAUGAAACAACAGCAGCAACAACAACGACAACAAUUAGAUUUGAUCAAAAAGCAGCAAGCACUUUUGCUAAUGUGCAGAGUUUAUAUUGGUAGUAUUAAUUUUGAAUUAAACGAACAAAUGUUAAAACAAGCAUUUCAACCAUUUGGUCCUGUUAAAAGUGUUAGUCUAACAUUCGAUCCUGUGACAAAUCGGCAUAAAGGUUUUGCAUUUCUUGAAUACGAGUUACCUGAAGCAGCACAACUGGCUAUUGAACAAAUGAAUGGUGUUAUACUCGGUGGAAGAAACAUUAAAGUUGGUCGACCAUCAAACAUGCCACAAGCUCAACCAAUUAUCGAUCAAUUAACAGAAGAAGCAAAAAAUUAUAAUCGAAUCUACGUUGCAUCAAUACAUGCAGAAUUAACUGAACAAGAUAUACAAAGUGUUUUUGAAGCUUUUGGAAAAAUUAAAACAGCUGCAUUAGCAAAAGAUGCACAAACCGGAAAACACAAGGGAUAUGGUUUUAUUGAAUAUGAUUCUGUUCAAGCAGCACAAGACGCUAUUAAUUCAAUGAAUUUGUUCGAUUUAGGAGGUCAAUAUUUACGUGUUGGAAAAGCCAUAACACCUCCUGAGGGAUUAUUUGCGUCGGCACAACCCGUGACAAGUCAAAUGCCAACAGCCACGGCAUUAGCAGCGGCUACCAUAACAGCACAAAUGCAAGCAAAAGAUGUUGAAACAAAUCCAGUACCUACUGUCACGGCAAUGAAUGCAGCAACAGUAAUGUCACAAGUUGUUAAUAAUCCACUGGCACAAGCGGCAGCUGGUUUCUUAGGAACAAUCGCUCCAACGACAGUUGCAGCUGCCUUAUCAGCGGCAUCUCUCCAAGGAAGUUCCGCUGCUACAUCUAUUAUAUCAUCCAUGCUCAAUCCAACAUUUUCUGUUGGUAAUUUUAUGUCCAUGACUGGAGGUCAAACACCUCCCACAGUAAUGUCGAAUGCAAUAGUCAAUCAGCAAAGUUUAACUCAACCUAAGCAACAGCAAAAUGAACCAGUACCCGUUCAAUACCAGAAUUUCGUUUCUCCUGUUCCACACCAGCAACCAGCCACACAAAAGACUACACAACCACAACCGCCGAUUUCAUUGCCACCACCACCACCACCACCUCCUCCCCCGAUUCCACAACCCUCGUCUCCAGUGGUAAAAUCCGAACCGGUUAAACAAGAACAACAACCGAUGCAUGUGGCGUCAUUCUCAUUGACACCUUCUGAAUCGGUAACUGCUGAAAGAAAAUUAGAAUUGACCGAUGCGCAAAAAAUUCUAUUAGGAAUAAGUAAUGCUGAUGAUCCAACAGCCACAUUAUCUCAACAAGAAGAUUUAACAUUGAAAGGUCGUGAACAACGUCAUUUACUUAUGCAAAAAUUGAAUCAGCGUAGAUUAGAAUCACGUGUGUGUGUGUUGAGAAAUAUGGUAUCUCCAGAAGAUGUUGAUGAUGAUUUACAACAAGAAAUCACAGAAGAAUGCAGUAAAUAUGGCGAAGUGAGUCGUGUUGUUAUUUACACUGAACAACAGGGCGAAGAAGAUGAUGCAGAACAAAUUGUUAAAAUAUUUGUAGAAUUUCAAUAUAGUAAACAUGCUGAAAAAGCUGCUGAAUCAUUGAAUGGACGAUGGUUUGGUGGUCGAAUGAUAAAAGCUGAAGUAUAUGACCAAGCAGCAUAUGAAGCUGAGGAUUUAUCUGGAUAA